CUGCGCAAACAAGUGGAAAUUCUUGACUGGAAGACAAAACAGCAGCUCUGCUUCCUAGAAAAGGUUGAGCCACACACUACAAUAAGUGACAUCCAAGCGAUGCUCCACAAGAUAUAUCCUCAGUGGUAUCCAGCAAGACAAUCUAUAAGGCUUGAUCCUAAAGGAAAAUCCCUGAAGAAUGAGGAAAUCCUGCAACUGCUCCCUUUUGGCACCACUGCUACUCUCUAUUUUAAAGAUUUAGGGCCGCAAAUUGGAUGGACCAUGGUAUUUUUGAUAGAAUAUACGGGCCCAUUGUUCAUCUAUUUUGUGUUUUAUCUCCGCAUGCCUUUUAUCUAUGGCCAGGAUGACAGAUUUACUUCAGGCCGACAUCCAGUAGUUAACUUGGCAUGUAUCUGCCAUUCUUUCCACUACAUCAAAAGGUUGAUUGAAACAAUAUUUGUUCAUCGGUUCUCCCAUGGGACUAUGCCACUGAGGAAUAUUGUUAAGAAUUGUUUCUAUUACUGGGGAUUUGCUGCCUGGCUUGCUUUUUAUAUCAAUCACCCUCUUUACACACCACCAUAUUAUGGACAAAAACAAGUCAAUUUUGCUCUGAUCAUGUUCCUGACAUGUGAAGCUGGAAACUUUUCUAUCCAUGUUACACUUAGUAAUCUGAGAAGAGAUGGAAAAAGAUCCAAGACCUGUAAGAUCCCUUAUCCAACGAAGAAUCCUUUCACGUGGCUAUUUUAUUUUGUGUCAUGCCCUAAUUAUACCUACGAGCUGGGAACAUGGAUUGGUUUUACUAUCAUGACUCAGUGCGUUCCAGUGGGAUUGUUCACCUUGCUGUGUUUCAUUCAGAUGACAGUCUGGGCAAAGGACAAACACGGCACUUAUAUACGACAGUUUAAGGACUACCCUAGUUUUAGAAUGUCUAUCAUUCCUUUUUUAUUAUAA